AUGGCUAACUGGGUUGGUCCAAGGCUGAUGGUAGCAAAUUGGAAUGGUGAAGGAGCUGGGUGUCCUAGCUCAAGUCAAGCCACACAAAAGCAGACAAGGGGUCCCACAUAUGUGCAUGGUCAAUGGGGUACUAGUGAAGAUGGCAUUUUAAAAGUUGUUCCAAAUGAGUUGAAUCAAGUGGUUGAAGGACACACAUCCCUUGCUUCACAUUUGGGCGUUUUGGCACGAGAUGGGAGUCUUGCACCACUCACUUUUACGACUUGGCAUUAUGUUCCAAAACAAAACAAAGAUAACAUAUGGAGGGAGAUAAAGGCUCAUACGGAUGCAGAUGAAUCCAUGAAGAGAACAAUAAUGGCUUCAUUUGGAAAGAAAUGGAGAGAUUGGAAAAGUCGAGUGAAAACAAUGGGAUACAAACCCUUCAAGAAUGAUGCAGAAAGGUUGGCUCAUCGACCAGAUAGAGUACAUGAGGAUCAGUGGCGGGCUUUGGUCUACUAUUGGGGCACUCAGAGUGCAUCGAAAUCAAGCAAGAAGAAUAGAAAAAUCCGGAAGAAGAAGACAUUACAUCAUAGGACAGGCCGAAAGCCUUUCUCAGUAGUUCGACUGGAGGAGACCAAAAAGAACAAUGGGGUUCCUGCUAGUCGGUCACAGGUGUGGAUGGCCGCAUACAUGAAAGAUGGGACGUCAAAUAGUGAUUCAGUUAAUGAGGUUAUGACUCAAAUGAAUGAGUUAGCAGAGCACAUGGAGGGAUCUUCUACUGACCCUGCAGCAUUACAGGAGCAAAUCUUCACACAAAUUAUGGGCCCAGAGCGACCUGGUCGUGUUCGGACGUUUGGAUUGGGACCGUCACCCACUGAUGUUUUUGGAGGUGGAUAUAGGCGGUCACAAGAGCAGAAUCGUCUCUUCCAAACUCAAGUUCAAGAACAAGUUCAAGAGCAACUUCAACGUUUUUGGAAUCUCACCCUUUGA